GGUGUUCGCGUUUGUGGAGAGCUCCUUGUGGCAGACGUGUCAGAUGUGUAACCCUGACAGCGGCCGGGGGGGAACGACGUGCGCGCACACCUCGUCGCGCACGUCGAGUCUGUUUUCGGGCGUCACAGAAGCAGCGCCGGCCCUUUUUCCUUCGCUCUGACACUCCGACACACGGCUUCCUGUUCGCCUCUCAGUCGCUCUGCGCCGUCCACAACAUGGCCAUCUGCAGGAAGGACAGCUUCCUCUGGGGCAAAGCUCCACCGAAGAGACAGGCUCACACCACCGGGAUUCACAAGUUUGAGCUGCUGGAUGACAUUCGGAAGCUGAGGUUGGAGAUCAACGACAUCACGGCAGAAAUCCAAAGCCCCGAGCUGAAGGAGCAGGAUAAAAACGUUGUGAAGAACAGGAGAUUCCUUCGCGGGAAGAAGAAAUUCAACAUGGACCCCAAAAAGGGUGUCCGCUACCUGGUGGAGAGCGAGCUGCUGGAAUGGCGAGCCGAGGCGCUGGCCGAGUUCCUUUACAAGGAGGACGGACUCAACAAGACCGCCAUCGGGAACUUUUUGGGAGAAAGGGAGGAGAUGCACCUGCAGACCCUCAAAGCGUUUGUGGGUCUGCAUGAAUUCUCAGAUCUGAACCUGGUGCAAGCGCUGAGGCAGUUUCUGUGGAGCUUUCGUCUCCCGGGAGAAGCGCAGAAGAUUGACAGGAUGAUGGAGGCGUUUGCAACCCGCUACUGCGACUGUAACCCGGGGGUCUUCCAGUCCACCGACACGUGCUACAUCCUUUCCUUCGCCGUCAUCAUGCUCAACACGAGUCUCCACAACCCCAACGUGAAAGACAAACCCGGCCUGCAGAGAUUCGUGACCAUGAACAGAGGGAUCAACAACGGGCAGGACCUUCCCGCCGAGCUGCUGACGAAACUGUACGCGAGCAUUCGCAGCGAGCCGUUCAAAAUCCCCGUGGACGACGGGAACGACCUCACGCUGACCUUCUUCAACCCGGACCGGGAGGGCUGGCUCCUGAAGAUGGGUGGUCGAGUUAAAACCUGGAAGAGGAGGUGGUUCAUUUUGACGGACAGCUGCUUGUACUACUUUGAAUACACAACGGACAAAGACCCCAUCGGGAUUAUCCCUCUGGAGAACCUCUGUGUCGAGAAGCUGUGUGACUCCAGCAAACCGUACUGCCUGGAGUUAUUUAACCCCAAAGGACAGAAGAUCAAGGCCUGCAAGACGGAGAACAAGGGCCGGGUGGUGCAGGGCAAACAUCAGUCCUACAAGCUGAGCGCCGCCGGGCCGGAGGAGCGCGACGCCUGGAUCAGCGCCAUCAGAGCGAGUAUCACCAAAGACCCGUUUUAUGACCUGGUGUCCCUACGGAAGAGGAAAGUCAUCAGCAACACGUCCUCAUAGCGCCAUGUUUCAUAGAUCGAUCAUCCUGGGAUUUUAUGUUCAUGAAGAACAAAAGACACAGAACGACUCAAAUGAUCCUUUAAAUGUCCACAAAAGCUGCGACAGAAUGAAAAUGAAAGUCAAAACAACUAAAACCAGACUCCGAAAAAAGAAAAGGAACUAAAACCCGAAGGGAUCAUUUGAGGUGAUCCGGUCUCUUUCAGUGGGGGGUCGUUUACCUCACAGUGCACAGGAGCUAUUUAUUGCUGUAGACAUUUCAUAUCAGAAUUUAGCUUUUUUCAAAUAGACCCAAACGGUUUGUGGACCAGCGGCUUUCUACUUUUUACCCUUUUAUAACUUUAUUUUGUCAUAAAUGUAAAUUCCUGUUCCAACUGUUGUAAAUAACGUGAAAAGCUUUUAGAUUAACUUAUAAAUAAAUAAAUGUUAUGUACAAUG